AUGGAAAUUAUAAAAGAUGACGCUAUACAUAACACUGCCAUGAAACUAGCAGAGGAAUUAAAAAAUCUUUCUAUAUAUAAAUCGAUUUAUAGUGAUGUUCAGAAGUUAGUUUCCUCGCCAAAUGUAAAUAAAGAAGAUUUUAAACAAAGUUUACAACAGGCUAUGAAAGAAAAGGGUUUACACACAAAGCUAAGGAACACCGUCUUUCAUUGGGUUAGAACACAGGGUAAACAAAGUAGAAAAAUCUACGUGGAGUGGUCUAAUGGUGAACCGUUACUGGGAGUGAAUCCUAACAUGCCCAGCACUGUGCCAGGUUUCGCUACUCUAGAGGCCGAACGCAUCGGUCUAGGAGAGAGAGUCUCCGCUCUAGGAUACGCUCCUGUCAUACAGGAGUUUCUAAAGAAGGGAAGCCCACAGUGUUUGCGAGCGAAACUUUGGUCUCAGGUUUUGGGAGCGGAAGUUAAGCAACAACAAAUCACGUACUUCAAUCAGUUACAGAAGAGCGUUUUGGAAGUUGACUUGAUGAUCGACAAGCUUAUAUUUAAAGAUGUAUAA